AUGGCCGCCGCCGUCGCCGUCCGCUCGAAGCGCAGGCUCCUACCCCACCUCUACCGUCUCCUCCACUCCACCGCCGCCCCCUCGCCCAACCGCUUCCUCCGCCACGCGUCGCCGGUGCCCCGCGCCGCCGACCACUCCCCUUUUCUCCGCCUCCCCGCCGCGCGCGUCUCCACGCUCCCCACCGGCCUCCGCGUCGUCACCCAGUCCUACCCGGCCGCCACCCGCAUGGCCUCCGUCGGCGUCUGGGUCGACGCCGGCAGCCGCUUCGAGCUGCCCGGCACGAACGGCACGGCGCACUUCCUCGAGCACAUGGCCUUCAAGGGCACAGAGCGCCGCCCCACCGCGAACGCGCUCGAGGUGGAGAUCGAGGACAUGGGCGCGCGCCUCAACGCCUACACCUCCCGCGAGCAGACCACCUUCUUUGCCGACGUGCAGGGCCGUGACGUGCCAGCCGCGCUCGAUGUUCUCAGCGACAUCCUUCAGCACCCGCGCUUUCCGCAGCAGGGCAUCCAGCGCGAGCGCGGCGUCAUCCUCCGCGAGAUGGAGGAGGUGCAAGGAAUGAUGGAGGAGGUGAUAUUUGAUCACCUGCAUACCGCAGCAUUCCGAGACCAUCCGCUGGGGGACACGAUAUUAGGUCCUACGGAGAACAUUAAAUCUAUCUCGAAGAAAGAUUUGCAGCAGUACAUUUCAACGCAUUAUACCUGUCCUAGAAUGGUUGUAUCUGCUUCUGGAGCUGUCGAUCACGAUGAGGUUGUUGAUCAAGUCAGAAAAUUGUUUACAGGAUUCUCUACUGAUCCAACUACUGCAGAUCAGCUUGUUGAGGCAAAUCCGGCUAUUUUUACUGGCUCAGAGGUUCGUGUGGAGAAUGCCGAGAUGCCUCUAGCGCAUAUUGCAAUUGCUUUCAAGGGUUCAUCCUGGACUAACCCUAGCUCUAUUCCUCUUAUGGUGACCCAAAGCAUAUUGGGAUCUUGGAAUAGGAGCAUCGGCGUAGGGAACUGCUCAGGGUCUGCUUUAGCUCGUGGCAUCAGCAAUGGUGAGCUAGCUGAGAACUUGAUGGCAUUCAACACUAACUAUCGCGAUACAGGAUUAUUUGGCAUCUAUACUAGUGCUCCGCCUGACGCACUACAUGACCUGUCACGGUUAAUAAUGGAAGAAUUUAGAAGACUUGCAUUCAGAGUGUCAGAGACAGAGGUUGCUCGUGCUCGUAAUCAGUUGAAGUCCUCUCUUUUGCUUCACUUUGAUGGAUCAACUGCAGUUUCUGAAAAUAAUGGUCGCCAGAUGCUUACUUAUGGACGAGUAAUGCCAUUCUUGGAGCUUUUUGCUCGGAUUGAUGCUGUUGACUGUGAUACAGUAAUGAAAACAGCCAAGGAGUUUAUAAUUGACAAGACAAAUCUAAGACAAAUUUUGGGACGGAGGUAA